GGCCAUCAACUCGCCCCCAGGGCCAUCAACUCGCCCCCAGGGCCAUCAGCACGCCCCCAGGGCCAUCAGCACGCCCCCAGGGCCAUCAGUACGCCCCCAGGGCCAUCAGCACGCCCCCAGGGCCAUCAGCACGCCCCCAGGGCCAUCAGCACGCCCCCAGGGCCAUCAGCACGCCCCCAGGGCCAUCAGCACGCCCCCAGGGCCAUCAACACGCCCCCAGGGCCAUCAACGCGCCCCCAGGGCCAUCAACGCGCCACCAACGCGCCCCCAGGGCCACCAACGCGCCCCCAGGGCCACCAACGCGCCCCCAGGGCCACCAACGCGCCCCCAGGGCCACCAACGCGCCCCCAGGGCCACCAACGCGCCCCCAGGGCCACCAACGCGCCCCCAGGGCCACCAACGCGCCCCCAGGGCCACCAACGCGCCCCCAGGGCCACCAACGCGCCCCCAGGGCCACCAACGCGCCCCCAGGGCCACCAACGCGCCCCCAGGGCCACCAACGCGCCCCCAGGGCCACCAGCGCGCCCCCAGGGCCACCAGCGCGCCCCCAGGGCCACCAGCGCGCCCCCAGGGCCACCAGCGCGCCCCCAGGGCCACCAAGGCGCCCCCAGGGCCACCAAGGCGCCCCCAGGGCCACCAAGGCGCCCCCAGGGCCACCAAGGCGCCCCCAGGGCCACCAAGGCGCCCCCAGGGCCACCAAGGCGCCCCCAGGGCCACCGACGCGCCCCCAGGGCCACCGACGCGCCCCCAGGGCCACCGACGCGCCCCCAGGGCCACCGACGCGCCCCCAGGGCCACCGACGCGCCCCCAGGGCCACCGACGCGCCCCCAGGGCCACCGACGCGCCCCUAGGGCCACCGACGCGCCCCCAGGGCCACCUACGCGCCCCCAGGGCCACCUACGCGCCCCCAGGGCCACCAACGCGCCCCCAGGGCCACCAACGCACCACCAACGCGCCCCCAGGGCCACCAACGCGCCCCCAGGGCCACCAACGCACCCCCAGGGCCACCAACUCGCCCCCAGGGCCAUCAGCGCGCCCCCAGGGCCAUCAGCGCGCCCCCAGGGCCACCAGCGCGCCCCCAGGGCCACCAGCGCGCCCCCAGGGCCACCAGCGCGCCCCCAGGGCCACCAACGCGCCCCCAGGGCCACCAACGCGCCCCCAGGGCCACCAACGCGCCCCCAGGGCCACCAACGCGCCCCCAGGGCCACCAACGCGCCACCAACGCGCCCCCAGGGCCACCAACGCGCCCCCAGGGCCACCAACGCGCCCCCAGGGCCACCAACGCGCCCCCAGGGCCACCAACGCGCCCCCAGGGCCACCAACGCGCCCCCACCCAGGCCACCAACGCGCCCCCAGGGCCACCAACGCGCCCCCAGGGCCACCAACGCGCCCCCAGGGCCACCAACGCGCCCCCAGGGCCACCAACGCGCCCCCAGGGCCACCAACGCGCCCCCAGGGCCACCAACGCGUCCCCAGGGCCACCAACGCGCCCCCAGGGCCACCAACGCGCCCCCAGGGCCACCAACGCGCCCCCAGGGCCACCAACGCGCCCCCAGGGCCACCAACGCGCCCCCAGGGCCACCAACGCGCCACCAACGCGCCCCCAACGCGCCACCAACGCGCCACCAACGCGCCCCCAACGCGCCACCAACGCGCCCCCAACGCGCCCCCAACGCGCCCCCAACGCGCCCCCAACGCGCCCCCAACGCGCCCCCAACGCGCCCCCAACGCGCCCCCAACGCGCCCCCAACGCGCCCCCAACGCGCCCCCAACGCGCCACCAACGCGCCACCAACGCGCCCCCCCACGCGCCCACAACGCGCCCCCAACGCGCCACCAACGCGCCCCCAACGCGCCACCAACGCGCCCCCAACGCGCCCCCAACGCGCCACCAACGCGCCCCCAACGCGCCCCCCAACGCGCCACCAACGCGCCCCCAACGCGCCCCCAACGCGCCACCAACGCGCCCCCAACGCGCCCCCAACGCGCCACCAACGCGCCCCCAACGCGCCCCCAACGCGCCCCCAACGCGCCCCCAGGGCCACCAACGCGCCCCCAGGGCCACCAACGCGCCCCCAGGGCCACCAACGCGCCCCCAGGGCCACCAACGCGCCCCCAGGGCCACCAACGCGCCCCCAGG